AUGGCCUCCGAGCCGACCGAGGAAGCUAUCACCAGCUUUGUCAGUUUCACAAGCACAACACGCGAGCAAGCCAUCGCUUUCUUGAAGGGAAACAAUCUCGACUCACAGAAAGCGAUUAACGCAUACUUCGAAGAUCCGACAGGGUCUCAGCUAAAGCCGAUAACUGGUUACUGGGAUGACAACAGAGGUUCUUCAUGGGAUUUUGCCCAACAAGACAACGCGCCACCAAUGCCAGCGACAGCACCGCCCUCUCGUCCCCCUUCCCGAACGGACAUACGUGACCCGGAACAAAAUACUGGAUAUCAAGAUUCUGUCGCGAUAGCUCCGAAAGAAGGUUCUGGACAAGGUCUCAGUUUGGCGCAACGCGAAGAAAAGGAAUUGCAGCAGGCAGUUGCCAUGUCGUUGAAUUCGGACAUAGGACAGCAGGAAACCGGGGUAACAUUGCACAAACAGCCGCAAUUCAACAAAGCAACCCGGGAUCACUACGAAGAAGGCGCUUGGGCGAUGACCCUAUUCAACACAUCCUCUGAAGAAGUCAUGAUUAGCCCAGACCCAGAAGACCGCAAAAGAUUGGAGGGCGAGCCUGCGUUUAUCCGCCCCAACCCCAACGGCAUUUACCUAGGAGGAUUCUUGACAAUUCUCCACAGUAUUCCCCCUCGCGCGAGAAGCGUUGCUAUUGCGGAACAAACCGCUAUUGUCACGGUGACUGAUGACAAGACCGGGGAUAGCGACUGGGAUGACAUCAUUCAUGAGACACAGCGACUGAUGGCUUUUAUGGAUACUACGAAACGUGCCUUUGGCAGCAGCGACAGUUUAGCAAAGAUCAAGAGCAUGUCAUCCUUAUCGGCGGAUUCGGAUGAGAUCGUCACCAGGUUUUUGGAGGCAUGGCAUGGUGCAGCCAUUCAAGCAGACCCUGAAAAUCCACUGGCAACCAUAUUCACGUCACAUGCAUACAAGAAAGAACUUUUCGACGAGUUUGCUGAGCCCGAGGGCAGGAAACUCUUCUCUCUUGAGCCUCCUGUUGAGCAGGACAAUGACCAAACGCUCUAUGACGUUUUGGAUUCGGCUUUAUGGUCAGACAGACCGGGGAGUGAGCUUGAGGACGCAUGGCUUGAAGACUUAGCAGAGGUUCUCGUCAUUAGACUCGAUGCUCUUCAAAAACCAAACCCUGUGGGUGUGGAUAUUCAUUUUGUGUUCUAUCCAGAUCGGUAUCUUGGCAGUUGCCGAACUUUCGCUCGUGAAUUUCGUGCAAAACGACAGCAGAUACAGGAAUACGUGUUGAAACUCGAACAACUCAUACAUCGUUAUACCAUCCCAGUGGAUCCCGUGGGCAGUUUGACGAUCACGGCGCUCCUUGAGCAAGCUGUCCGGGCGGUGCCAGUGGUUGCGCCGGAGCAAGUGAGGGAGUCUGAUCAGUCUAGCUCCGGGCUGGCAGGCCCAGAAACGAUGCGGGUCGCAGAGGAAUUGAGGGCAAUUGCCACAACCAUAGAAUCCAAGCUCAAAGAACUGGAACUUAGAAAGCAGAAUGCCAUGGAGUCUCUCCGUGAGAUAUCAAAGACACUUACCGAACCACCCAAAUCACCUUCCGAGCCCCCUGCCCAUAAGUACACGCUACGAGGCGUAUGCACUGAACCGCAUGUGACCUACGUCUUAUCGAAUUCCAACCCGAUUUCCCCAGGACACUUGAUGGACAUGGACUCGGACACCGAAAACAGCAAUGAUUACCAGUGGUGGCGUAUCAGCUUCUCAGCAGAAGAUGGAAAAACCCGACAAGCCGAGAAACGAAAAGUCCAAGGUAACACUACAGCCACACAGGAUGGCGAGGUUGUUGGCUACACUGUUCGGAAAGUUCAAGAAACAGAAGUCCUCCAAGCCGCUCGUGAAGAGUCGAGUUCUGUCUUACUCGUCUAUGCGAGCGAGAGUGCAAUGAAUGCACAAGUGGACCCUGCACCGUCACAGCUUCAGGGCUUCGUGAACAGAGAUAAUGAUGCUUUUGCGGACGAAUUCCAGAAUACCCCUACCAUAAUCUUUAGUGACCAGGAAGAUUCCUUGACGGAGCCGAACAACGUGGAAACUCAGCACAAAGAACAGCAGCCUGAAAUGUCAGAGAAGGCCACGCAGGUGAAUGUCUUUGACUAUGAGGUCUCCGGGUUCGACGACGAACCAAAACCCAGCCAAGAGAUGCAGGAGAAGGGUAGAGCGAGUCUCUUGAGCCAUCGUGCCACCGCAACUAACUCUACGGCGCCCAUUACCGCGCAUGAGGAUUCAGGGUGGAACAAUGCCGAUGAUGAGGGCAUGACACGUCAUCUUGAGCAUGUGAACUAG